GAGAGAGAGAGAAAGGAGGGAAGGAGACAGGAGGGAAGGAAACAGAAAGACUGAGCAACUCAGAGGUGCUGAAGACCCAGAGAGCUGGGAGAGGGACUGAGAAUAGGACUGGAGUGCUCGGAAAGCCACUCAAGAUCUUGUGGGGGAGCCCAAUAAAUGUAAGCAUGGGGUCUGUCACCGGAGCUGUCCUCAAGACGCUACUUCUGUUAUCUACUCAAAAUUGGAACAGAGUCGCAGCUGGAAAUUCCUAUGAUUGCGAUGAGCCUCUGGUGUCUGCCUUGUCUCAGGCGUCGUUCAGCAGUUCAUCCCAGCUCUCUAGCAGCCAUGGUCCUGGAUUUGCAAGGCUAAAUCGAAGAGAUGGAGCUGGUGGCUGGUCUCCACUUGUCUCAAACAAGUACCAGUGGUUGCAGAUUGACCUUGGAGAGAGAAUGGAGAUCACUGCUGUGGCCACCCAAGGGGGAUAUGGGAGCUCCAACUGGGUGACCAGCUACCUCCUGAUGUUCAGUGAUAGCGGCAGGAACUGGAAACAGUAUCGUCAAGAGGACAGCAUCUGGGGUUUUUCAGGAAAUGCAAAUGCAGACAGUGUUGUGCACUAUAGACUCCAGCCUUCCAUCAAAGCGAGGUUUUUGCGCUUCAUCCCUUUAGAGUGGAACCCCAAGGGCAGAAUCGGAAUGCGCACCGAGGUGUUUGGAUGUGCAUAUCGAUCAGAGGUGGUUGAUCUUGAUGGAAAAAGUUCCCUUCUCUACAGAUUUGAUCAAAAAUCCCUCAGCCCAAUAAAGGAUAUUAUUUCUUUGAAAUUUAAAACCAUGCAGAGUGAUGGGAUUCUACUCCACCAGGAAGGGCAAAAUGGAGAUCACAUCACACUGGAAUUAAAAAGAGGAAAACUCUUUUUACUUAUUAAUUCAGGUGAAGCUAAACCGCCCUCCACUCACACUCUGAUCAAUCUUACCCUGGGCAGCCUGCUGGAUGAUCAGCAUUGGCAUUCUGUGCUCGUCCAGCGCCUGGGCAAACAAGUCAACUUCACUGUGGAUGAGCACAGGCACUGUUUCCACGCCCAGGGGGAAUUCAAUUACCUGGAUCUUGAUUAUGAGAUCAGCUUUGGAGGGAUUCCAGCACCUGGAAAAUCAGUGUCAUUCCCCUAUAAAAAUUUUCACGGGUGUUUAGAAAAUCUCUAUUAUAAUGGAGUAGAUAUCAUUGAUUUGGCCAAGCGACAAAAACCACAGGUCAUUGCUAAGGGAAAUGUGUCGUUUUCCUGUUCGCAACCGCAGUCUGUGCCCAUGACUUUUCUGAGCUCCAGGAGUUACUUAGCACUGCCAGGCCCUUCCGGGGAGGAAGAGAUUUCUGCCGCUUUUCAAUUUCGAACCUGGAACAAGGCAGGACUUCUGCUCUUUAGUGAACUUCAGCUGGUUUCAGGGGGUCUCCUUCUCUUUCUUAAUGAUGGAAAACUUAAACUGAAUCUCUACCAGCCAGGAAAAUUACCCAGUGACAUCACAGCAGGUGCUGGAUUAAAUGAUGGACAGUGGCAUUCCAUCUCCUUAUCUGCCAAAAGGCAUCACCUGAGUGUGGUAGUGGAUGGCCAACUGGCUUCUGUUGCUCCUUCCCUGGGGCCUGAGCAGAUUUAUUCAGGUGGCACCUAUUAUUUUGGAGGUUGCCCUGACGACAGCUUGGGAUCCAAAUGUAAAAAUCCACUUGGUGGAUUUCAGGGCUGUAUGAAACUCAUUUCUAUCAGUAACAAGAUGGUAGAUCUGAUUUCAGUUCAGCAGGGCUCCCUUGGGAACUUCAGUGACCUUCAGAUAGACUCAUGUGGAAUCACAGACAGGUGUUUGCCCAACUAUUGUGAACAUGGUGGUGAAUGCUCCCAGUCCUGGAACACCUUCCACUGCAACUGUGCAAACACUGGUUACAGGGGAGCCACUUGCCACAACUCUAUCUAUGAGCAGUCAUGUGAAGCCUAUAAGCAUAGAGGAAAUACUUCAGGGUUUUACUAUAUAGAUUCAGAUGGAAGUGGUCCCCUAGAACCCUUUCUUCUAUAUUGCAAUAUGACUGAAACUGCGUGGACCAUCAUACAACACAAUGGCUCUGACUUAACAAGAGUCAGAAAUACUAAUCCAGAGAACCCAUACACUGGGUUUUUCAAGUAUGUGGCCAGCAUGGAGCAACUCCAGGCCACAAUUAACCGUGCGGAGCACUGUGAACAGGAGCUUACCUACUACUGCAAGAAGUCUCGGCUUGGAAAUAAACCAGAUGGAACCCCGCUGAGCUGGUGGGUUGGAAGAACCAAUGAAACACAGACUUAUUGGGGAGGGUCUUUGCCUGAUCCUCAAAAAUGUACUUGUGGACUAGAGGGGAACUGCAUUGAUUCUCAGUAUUACUGUAACUGUGAUGCUGACCGGAAUGAAUGGACCAAUGACACUGGAUUCCUUUCUUAUAAAGAACAUCUGCCAGUAACUAAGAUAGUGAUUACAGACACAGGCCGACCACAUUCAGAAGCAGCUUAUAGACUGGGGCCUCUGCUCUGCUGGGGAGACAUGUCAUUUUGGAAUUCAGCUUCCUUCAAUACUGAGGCCUCCUACCUUCAUUUUCCUACUUUCCAUGGAGAACUUAGUGCUGAUGUGUCUUUCUUUUUUAAGACAACAGCCCCAUCUGGGGUAUUUUUAGAGAACCUGGGGAUUACCGAUUUUAUACGGAUAGAGCUACGCUCUCCAGCGGUGGUGACUUUCUCAUUUGAUGUGGGGAAUGGGCCUUUUGAAAUCUCCGUGCAGUCACCCACUCACUUCAACGACAACCAGUGGCACCACGUUAGGGUUGAAAGGAACACAAAAGAGGCAUCCGUUCGAGUAGAUCAGCUCUCGCCAAAGACGCAGCCCGCUCCGGCUGAUGGGCAUGUCCUUUUGCAGCUCAACAGUCAACUCUUUGUGGGUGGAACGGCCACCAGACAGAGGGGCUUUCUGGGAUGCAUUCGGUCUCUGCAGUUGAACGGAGUGGCCCUGGACCUGGAGGAAAGAGCCAAGGUGACCCCCGGAGUGGAGCCUGGUUGUAGAGGGCAUUGCAGCAGCUACGGAAAGCUGUGUCUCAAUGGAGGGAAAUGCAGAGAAAAGCCCAGUGGGUUCUCUUGUGACUGCACCUUAUCUGCAUACACAGGGCCGUUCUGCUCAGAUGAGAUUUCUGCAUAUUUUGGAUCUGGCUCAUCCAUGAUUUACAACUUCCAAGAAAAUUAUUCCUUAAGUAAAAACUCCAGCUCUCAUGCUGCUUCAUUUCAUGGUGAUAUGAAGCUGAGCAGAGAAAUGAUCAAAUUUAGCUUCCGAACCACACGAACACCAAGCUUACUGCUUUAUCUUAGUUCCUUUUACAAAGAAUACCUUUCAGUUAUCAUUGCCAGAAACGGAAGUUUGCAGAUCAGGUACAAGCUAAAUAGAUAUCAAGAACCUGAUGUUGUUAACUUUGAUUUCAAAACCAUGGCUGAUGGGCAACUUCACCACAUAAAGAUUAACAGAGAAGAAGGAGUGGUCUCGGUAGAGAUUGAUGAGAAUACAAGGAGACAAGUCCACCUGUCAUCAGGUACAGAAUUCAGUGCAGUCAAAUCUCUUGUCUUGGGCAGGAUUUCAGAACACAGUGAUGUAGACCAGGAGACGGCGCUGGCCGGGGCACAGGGCUUCCAGGGCUGUCUCUCUGCUGUGCAGCUCAGCCACGUGGCCCCUCUGAAGGCUGCCCUGCACCCCAGCCGCCCAGCCCCCAUCACUGUCUCAGGACACGUGACAGAGUCCAGCUGUGUGGCCCAGGCUGGCACUGACGCCGCAUCCAGGGAAAGGACACAUUCCUUUGCAGAUCAUUCUGGAACAAGAGAUGACAGAGAACCCCUAGCUAAUGCAAUCAAAAGUGACUCUGCAGUCAUUGGAGGUUUGAUAGCCGUUGUGAUCUUUAUCUUGCUGUGCAUCUCUGCCAUAGCUGUUCGCAUUUAUCAGCAAAAAAGGUUAUACAAAAGAAAUGAGGCAAAAAGGGAUAUGGGUACAGAUUCUCUGCUUCAAGGUUGCUUACAACCGUGCAGUCAAGAUGCGAACCAGAGCUGGGGUCUCAACUGGAGGUUCAAGUGGGGAAGGAUCUGCUUCCAGGCUCAAGCUCAUUUACAUGCUUGUUGUCAGGUUUCUUCUCAAGGGUUGUUGGGCUGA